CCGACUGGAUAUAAGAGAAGAUGGCUGGAUCGAAGUUUCUGGAGUUGAUGCGAAAAUGGGUAGAUAUCAGUGUACAAAGUUAGCGGUCUUGCUGACGUUCGUCUUCGGCUGCAAUGUGACGUCGGGUCAAUUGUUGCUUCCCUUCGCGGGCAACGUUGUCAUAAAACGAAAUGACACCGUUACUUGCGAUUCGGCACGUAUGUGUCAUGAGUGCGACAAAGUAAGAUUGUGUAUACAAGCGAAUGGAAGAUGGGUGCAACAAGCUAUUGUAACAUGCGACCCAGAUUCGGAUGAACGCUGGUGUAACGCUGGUAAAUGCUCCAAGACGCCGUUAUCUCGGUGUGUCAAAGAUUCGACGGAUUUCACGUGUCCUGAUAUCGAUGGCAAAUAUCCUGACUCAUCGAGUUGCACACGUUAUCACAUAUGUACGGAGGGGAUUCGCAGGACUAACUAUUGCCCACCGAACAAUGUUUAUGAUCACGAAUUAGGCGACUGCAAGUUGCGACGUCGUAAUAGCGAUUGCGUACAAUUCAAAUGUGAUGCCCAAAGUAAGAAUGGUGAACCAAUCGUAUAUCCACAGGACGAUCGUAUUUAUGGCAGAUGUAUCUUCGGCAAAGUAUACAUCCUUGGACGAUGCCAAGAUUAUGAGAGGUACAAUCUGUUGACAGAAGAGUGCGAAAGAUAUUGUAGGUCGGUCGGCCCUCAGCCACCGAAUGCUGGCAAAUGUGGCAAAUAUAUAUUGUGCGCCGAAAUGUCGCCUGGAACAUAUCAGCCGGUGGAGAUGUCCUGCGGCUGCAACCAAGCAUAUGAUGAGAAGGAGGGACGUUGCGUGACCGACGCUCCUUGCGUGAAGGAGACUCCUGAUAUAUGGUGCAAACCGACACCCGGAACUAACGAUGAGUCUGAAACUUCUAAUAGCAGCGAUGACGUCGACGAGAAUCAACAACCUAGAAGUGUCCAACGACGAAGCAUAUUAUCUUUCAUGAAUAGAUUCGGCAUAAAUCGACACAAUAAUAACGACAGUUCCGGUAACAUGCCAGCAACCUUGAUAAAUAACAAUAAUUCAGGUGACAAUGACAACCCUGUAUCCGACGGCGAUGACGUCAUUGAUGGAAAUUUAAUAAAAUCAGGUAACGAUGGUGAUACGGCAGUAUAUGACGCGACUGAAAAUCCUGAAAUCAAACAACGUGAGAAUUUUAUUAGAUUCGUUAUCGAUUGGAUAAUACGUAUAGUGAUAGGAGGACCUGUGGUAGGGCCUGUGAGAUAACUUGUUCAAUUUAUAUAUAUAGUGUACUGUGAUAUGGUUGAAAAUAUAUAUGUUGCAUU